CUCCACCACGAAUCAAUUGGCAACCCAAGAAGCAAUUGACCACGCGUACCUGUUAGAAAUAGCAUAUACGCUUCACAAUUUAUCUUAACAACCUUCGGCAAUGUCCUUCAGAGCUCCUAUCCGACGUAUUGCCCUCGCCAGGCCUGCUUUGGCUGCGCGGGGCUUCCACUCAACCCCUCGUGCUUUUGUCCGCGUGGGCCAAGAGAUUCCUAACCUUGACGUCCUUCUGGAGGACUCGCCCGGUAACAAAGUCAAUCUCGCGGAGGAGUUCAAGUCAGCCAAUGGAUACAUCGUCGGCGUUCCUGCUGCCUUCUCCGGAACGUGCUCCAGCAAGCACAUCCCCUCUUACAUCAACCACCCCAAGCUCAAGCAGGCUGGCCAGGUCUUUGUUGUAUCUGUCAAUGAUCCGUUUGUCAUGAAGGCUUGGAGCGAGCAGCUCGACCCCGCCAAGCAGACCGGUAUCCGAUUCCUUGGUGACCCUACUGGUGAGUUCACUAAGGCCCUGGACCUUGGCUUCGAGGCGUACGAGGUCUUUGGUGGUAUGCGAGGAAAGCGAUAUGCCCUCAAGGUGGAGGAUGGCAAGGUCAGCAAGGCGUACGUGGAGCCUGACAAUACUGGUAGCGCUGUCUCCAUGGCAGAGCAAGUGCUCGACUAGAUUAGCCUAUCUCUAUAAAUCUGGGUGCAGUGUCCUGUAGGCGUUGUCUCAAACACCUUGAGAGCAUCUCGUGAUCCAAAUAUAUCACUAUAGUACUCAUAGGGAUUCAUAUCUCAAUCACCCAAGUUCUUUUGACUUUGAC